UUUGCCGUUCUCUUUCAUACGGCUAACAACCCACCGAAGGCCACCACCCCGGGGAGUAAACAGCAAACCGGUGCGUCCAAUUCAGCGGCAAAAUUAACCACAGUUGAGGAGGCGUUCGGCAUUCUGUCGGUUGGUUUUUUACGUGGUGGUAUUGGUGGUUUCUUGAAGAGUGGUUCGGCUGCAGUGACUGGUGGACAGAAGGAGAUACGAAUUGGAGUGACAUUAGGAUAUAUUGAACUCAUCAAAGAAUUAGGUUCCCUAUGGCUCGAGAAGAACAUGUUAAUGGUGUUAAGGCAUCUGGUGGAAGUGAUCGCAAAAUGUGGACCACUUGCAUAUACAAAUAAUCCAGCUCAAGCAGCCGAAGUGGUUUAUAUGCGUCGAUGUAUUGGCUACAUUCUGAGGUGUACGAUGGGUGCAAUGUUAAGUGAACAAGCACAGAUUGCUGUUUGUAAGCAACUGGGCGCCAUUCUAGCCGACUGUAUCAAUUCGUUUGAUUAUAAUCCCGAUCCGGGUGUCGAUCGUGUGCUCGGUCCAGAAGCGUACGCAAGCGCACAAGCAUCGAUCACAAUACUUCUGGAGAUAUCGUGUUUGGUUCGACAAAUCGGUACGGCUGUGACACCCUUAUUUGUUGAAGCAUCAGGUAUAAUGGAACCGAUAUUCGCGUGUUUGCUGCAUCCAAUUCAAGCAACUCGUGUGGCUGCAGCAUGGUGUCUGCGAUGCGCUACGAUUAGUGUACCGUCGCAAUUGACACCGUUGAUUGAUCGGUGUAUCAGUAGAUUGGAGCAUAUGAAAGUAUGUGGAGAUGCGAUAAGUGGUUACUCGCUAGCUUUGGCAGCGCUUCUAGCCGGAUCGUCAGAUUGUAAAUUGGGUAUUCCGAAUGGCAAAUCA